GUUAAAUUUACAGAAUUUGAACUCGAUGCCCGAUAUAAUUUUGACUCCAUUUAUGCUAAGCGCCAUAAUAUCAUUGACUUCUGCUAACCGUGAACCCGAAUCUCAUCGUCUGACAACGUCCGUUCUUCUGCACUACCUUCGCAAUGUCAUACACAAUAAUGAGCAUGAGCAAAAGAUGGCAGAAUACUCUGUGUGGUGUCGAGACACUUUACAACGCAAGCAAGUUCAACUUGAUUAUGUUUUUACAGUACUCAUAGAUCAGAAUAAGCAUGGACAAGAUGUGAUAACACCAGGUCUGGUUAGUUUGGCGUUUACUUUAUUGAAAGCAAAGGGUAAUGCACCAUUGAACUCACUUGCUAUGAGCUUUCUCACGAAAUUCAUUCGCAAACGUUUUGUAUUCGGACAAGGUAUUGUGAAAAAGUUAGCUGAAUGGAUGGUAGUAGAACAAGAUCAAUAUCAAUUUGGAGAGUGUUUAAUGAUGUUGAGCGUCGCUGAUACUUUUACCCUUUCCGAGUGUGUAAAGACGAUAAAGUAUGUAAUGGAGUUAUUUUUUGUGGUUACCUAGCGAACAAUCAAUGCGUAUGAUGUCUUUUAUACUACCAAUUCUAAAACUUUCCGCAAUUGUUCGUGACUCAUUCAUUGAAGUGUUGAGUAAGGCGAUUAACUCGGGUGACCAAAGUAUCCGAUCAAUGGCUGUUUAUGGUUUUUGUAUGAUACUUAAGCAAUUGAACAACAGUAACUCGCAGCGAUCCCAACCUAGAGCUUCAAGUUUUUGUACUCAACUUAGUAUUUCCGGAUUCUCUUUGAUGUCUCAGGCGACUUUGGGAAAUCGUCAAAAUCCCAAUCGUCAUUUUGAUUUGCUAACAUUGGAGAUUAUUGGUCUGCUGCGAAGUUGUUUCGCUAAUAAUUUAACAAUGAAACGAGUGCUGUAUGAUAACUUACAGCGCGCAGUAGAAUUGAAUCCGAAGCUUGUGCCGCACGUGCUUCAAUUUAUUGAUUGGCAUUUUCGAUCUUUUUUUCGCGUUUCUACAGUGAACGGUGAAGUUGAGGAUUUCUGUGUGUUGUUUGAGAAAGUAGUGUGCUCUGCCACAGAAAAUGUCUAUGAAAUACAGAUACAAGAUAAUCUUGGACUUCUGAUACAGUUUAUUAGCCAUUGUUUGUCUCAAUUUCAGCAAUUCGAUGUUGAAUAUGAUGUAGGGGAAAUGCAAAGAUUAUUACAUUUGGCUGUGAAGAAGGUCAUAAAUAAAGACCUCCAAUUCGAAGAAAAGAAUGACAACUGGAAUCCAUUAAAAAUCGCCUUGCUGGAGCAACAAAUGAACUUUUUGGAGGGUUUAAUGUCAUAUUCAUUGCUUACAUCACAACAAAAUAAUGACAACGUGAAAGAUAUUUUACCUUUAUUUAAAGCUCACUGCAAGCUCAUCGAAGUCCACAAGUCAUAUGCAAGUUUCUCCAGAAAACAGUUACAAAAUAAGAAUAGGAAUGAUAAAGAGAAUGGAGCUACGUUGAAAAACAUAACUGUUAAUGGGGUGGUUGUAAAGAAUUUCAGUAAAAAUAACGUGGAAAAUAUAUGGGACUUGUCCGUCGUGGAUAAAUUGCUACGCGUUUUACAUGAAGACAUCGUGCCAUUUGCCUCUAAUCGGAACACUGUAGCCCUGCGCUCAAGUGUGGAACUGGUCCGUUAUGUGUCAGAAGUAGUGUCGCAAAAAGUGGGAGCUCUGCGUAAUGAACCUGAAUAUAAACAAUUGGCUCAUAGUAGGCGCACGUUAAAGUGUCUUACAGAUAUAACAAAAGUGGUGUAUGAGCGCUGCAUACUUCGCUUACUAGAGUUGUGGGCUAACUUUGAUGAGUAUUCGGCUGCUUUAGGUGCUGAGUGCUUUCAGCAAUGUCUGCAAACUGCAAACACAAUUUAUAAGAAAAAAUUUGUUGAUGUAUUCCUGAAGGGAUUCG